AUGAGCGACACUAUCCCACUGUUAGACACGCCGAAACGGAAAUCAAUACAAUCGCAGGCAGAUGUGCUCCGAGCCGCCCUCAAAGACUUCGAGAGGACUUUCGCAGCCGAGAAUGAUGGGCGCAAACCGAGUAAGGACGACAUCAAGGCGGACGUUGUCAUUGCGGCAAAAUACAAAGACUACAACAAGCUACGAGAUGUGUUAGCAGGCAAGCUUGGUCUUGAAGCUUUGAAUGCUCCUCCACCACCUCGACGGAAGCAUGAGCACAGUCGGAAAGACAGUGCGGUGAGCCUCACCCCUCGUCGACCACGAUAUACGGGCACCACUCCGGCGAAAGCCCGCGUACACCCUAACGAGCUCGACCCGUAUGACGCACCCGCUUCGGUUUCGCCGAAAGUCAUCCUCAGCGCCAUCGGGCCGACACCGCGACGAGAUGGGACUGUCCUGGGGAUAUUCGACCUGCUCUCCAGAUCAGGAUCGACCAAGACCGCCAUCUCCCAGGAAACCCCGUCGAGCAGGAAGAGGAAGAUAGACUCGCUCGUCGAGGCGCAGGAUGCAGACAAAGAGCCGAACGCUGCUUUUGCGCAAACACCCAGCCUAAGACGGAGUAAGCGGAUCGAUCAAAACGAGAACGGGGGUCUGCCGUCCACGACGCCCCGCUCCACGCGCGUCAAUACGGGAAGGAGACAAUACUACAAGACGCCAGUGAGCGAAGGCAAGCGAUUCAUGCUGAACCACUUCUUUGCGACGCCGAGUGCUGUCCGGUUCGCGACGAUGAUCGACGCGGAUUAUGAGGAUGUCGAUGCCCACGUGGGAACACCCGCGCAAAGAAACAGCAGGACUCCUUUGCGAGACACCGUUCUCGGACUAUCGCCGUCAAAGGAUGAUCGAGCCGCAGCCGCAACGGAUGCUACGCCCCCGUAUCUGAAACGGUCUUUCUCCUUCAAGGAGAGACUGCUGUCCGCUUCUACAGCAUCUACUAUGGUUUCGUCCUCGUGGAAAGCGGCUGCCAGCCCGACUUCGAACAGGGCUGGUCCACGGACGCUUCGACAUGUCAAGUUCGGCCGUAAGCCGCUGAGUCAAAUCAUCGCAGACCGUCAGAGCCAGAGUCAGAGUGUGCAGCAGGAUCAGGGUCCACCUCAUCCAGACGACCAUGACGAUGAUCUCGACGCUUUACGUGAAAUGGAAUUCAGUGAUGUUAAUGUCCUUGUCGGCGAUAGUCAAGUAAAGGGACCCGCCGCCGAAGCUGGUGAUCAUGACGCAUCCAAGACAGAGCCAGUCAGGGUGUGGAAGAAGAAGGGCCAGAAGAGAACAACAAGACGGGCGAUCAUGAGACCUGUGAAAUUGAAACUUGCUCAAGCUCCCAAAUUUGUGGCCGCCGACGAGGAUGAGGGCGAGGACAGCUUCGAUGACGAUGAGCUGGCUCUGGAUCAUGACCGUAGCGGAAAGAGCAAUGGAAAUGACAUCUCACGAGUUGAAGAAUCCCAAGCGAUUUCGGCUUCUGGCCCCGCAGGAGCGUCUGACAUUGACGCAGACUCUGAUCUGGACUAUCUCAUUGCGGAAGCAGAGCAGGAAGGCGAAGAAGAUAUUGACGACUUCUUGCCCGGCGACGACCAAAUUGCCACGCCGCGAAAGAAACGGUCGGGUGCCAUAAGACCGAGAGCAAAGGCUAGCUCAAAACUGGCUCAACCCGACUCCGACAAGCUUGCGAAGCCGGUGUCCAAGGCGAAGGUGAAAUCGAAAAAGGGGGCCGGAGGUAAAGACGACGAUGAAGCGUCUAUGAGAACGAUCAAUCCGAAUGCCUACACGCACAUGAAUUUCCGGAGUUUGAAGAUCAAAAACAAGAACUCAAAGGCGAAAGGACGUGGCAGGUUUGGACGUGGUAAGAGAUGA